ACUCUUGAAUGAAACUCGGCAAGUCAUCUUGCAUGCCUUUUCCUUCUGGGCGCGCACCCCUGCUGUAUAUUUGUAGGCAAACGAAAGUUUGAGAGCUUACAAGUGGCUGUAAAUUCUCUGCUUGUUACCUGUAAAUGAGUGUUUCAAAGAAGGGAUGCCCCUCCCGCAGUUAGAAAUAAACAAGGUGGUAGUUCACCCCUUGGUGCUGCUGAGUGUAGUAGAUCAUUUCAACAGAAUACGAAAUCAGAAGAGAGUUGUUGGCGUUCUGCUUGGUGCUUGGAGAAAAGGGGUUCUGGAUGUUUCGAACAGUUUUGCUGUGCCUUUCGAUGAGGAUGACAAAGACAGUACAGUGUGGUUUCUGGACCAUGACUACUUGGAAAGCAUGUACGGCAUGUUCAAAAAAGUCAACGCUCGAGAGAAGAUAGUCGGUUGGUACCACACUGGUCCUAAAUUGCAUCAGAAUGACAUAGGGAUCAACGAAGUCAUCAGACAAUACUGCCCAAGUUCAGUUCUAGUAAUCAUUGAUGCCAAGCCCAAGGAGCUGGGACUCCCAUCAGAAGCAUACAUUGCAGUGGAAGAGGUCCAUGAUGAUGGCACCCCAACCAGUAGGACCUUUGAGCAUGUACCAAGUGAGAUGGGGGCAGAGGAAGCUGAGGAGGUGGGCGUUGAGCAUCUUCUCAGGGAUAUCAAGGACACCAGCGUGGGCAGCUUGUCCCAACGCAUCACAGGCCAGUUGCUGGGCUUAAAGGGCUUUUUCUCCCAGAUGCAGCAUGUCCAGAGCUACCUAGAGCAGGUGGCUGCCGGCAAGCUGCCCAUCAACCACACCAUCAUCUAUCAGCUCCAGGACAUCUUCAACCUCUUGCCAGACGUCAACCUGCGGGAGUUUGUGCGCUCGUUCGUGGUGACCACCAACGACCAGAUGCUGGUGAUCUACCUGGCGUCGCUGAUCCGCUCCGUCAUCGCCCUGCACAACCUAAUCAGCAACAAGGUGCAGAACCGGGACCUUGAGAGGCAGGAGGGCAAGCCCGAGGCCAAGGACAAGAAAGAGAAAGGCCAGGGAGACAAGGAUAAGUCAGAAAAGGACAAAGAUGACAAGGACAAAACAGACAAGGCCGGCGGCAAGGAAACCCCAUCUAAGGAAGAUAAGAAAUCAGCAACCGGAAAGAAGAAGUGAUGACAAGUGAAUUUAUAUGUGUGUUUAAAGAUAUUAGGAGAUCUUCUUUUGAAAAGGAAAAAAAAAUGUUUUGUGUACAACCCAGCCAUGUCAAAGAUACAGCCUCAAGUUGCGGCCACAUUGCUUCUCGAUAUUCAUUCUGUAGAAAUGUUUGGCAAUUAGUGAUACUCGGAGCUUGCAUUGCUAACCACUAACACAGACAACUCCUUAGGAUUCCACUUAUCGAGGAGCACUAUGUACUUGUUUCUCGGUUUCAGUUGGCAGUAACAAAUCUUCUAACCUUAACCUCAGAUUGUCAUGCUGGAUGUGACCAGGUGAAGGCUUCACACAGCUGACUGGUUGGAAAUGCCGUGCUGCUGAAAAAUGUUGCUCAGAGAAAAGCAGUAUGACGACUGCAAUUUCAUUGUGAUGUUUGCCAUUUGUUACUGCGUGAACCGUUUGCUUUGCUGUCACAUGGAAGUGAAGUGUGAACUCUGACUAGUAUUGAAUUGUAACGUCUAAGGUCUUUUCAUGAAGGGGAGGGGCAUGGGAGAGGGCGGAACACUGGUAUUGGUAAAAUGCUGUUUUGUCUCAGCGGUGUGCCCCUCUCCUGGUCGGGUUCAGAUAUUCAGAACGUGUUACAGAAAAACAAGCACGUGUUGCGCUCCUUUAUGACAUCAGUGGCAGUAGUCUCAAAUGUACAAAAUGUAUUGUGGGGUUACUUGUGUGUCCAUUCUCGGUAAGAACUUCAUCUGGCGGACAAGACCUUUAUUGCUGCAUAUUCGCAGUAAAAAAUUUCCACUGCUCUGCUUAUUUGCUAAAUAGAGGAGCUGUCUGUUGAUCAUAAUGACCAGCAGUAUGUGCCCGUAUGUUAAAAGCCUUUUAUGAAAAAGAAAGGGAAUUUUAAAAACCCUUUUUUUCUGAGGCUGAGGAAAACUGUGUUUAAGGUAACCCCUGCAGAUUGUCUUGGUGAAUGGGUUGAAAAGUAGUCAUCAGUUAUAUUUUGCAACCUUUUGAUGUUUAUCUGCAUUGGUCUUCUACCUUAACUUUGAUUAGCCUUGAUGAAAUUCUGGUUAAUUAAUUUGCAUCAUCGUGGUUAUAUUCACCAGUUUGAUACAUUUGUUCAAUUAAUUAGUAAAGGGAUAAAAUUGAUAACUACUAUAGGUCAAGCUUCAUUUAAAUUUUCAUAAUAAACCUUUGUGGCCACAUAGGUUGAUAAAAAUUGUGGUCAGAAAUCUUGCCUCCAUAAAACAAGGUAGGUGAAAAGGUUGGGUAAGCAUAUACGUGUAUUUCCUGAUCUGUUGAAAUAAGUGUCAAAUGAUAACCUUUUUCCCCCACGUUUGUCAGUUCACGUGAGACAUUGUCAUGAAUAAAUAAAUAACUCAAUGAGUAAUACAUAUCUAGCUUGUCUGCAGGUAAAU